CGGCACGUUGCAGUCGGCACCUAGAGCAAAAAUGAUGCUCCUCAACCGCUCUGUGCAGGCCGCUUUCAGCGGCAAGGCCGCCCGCCCGGCCAAGUCCAACCGGACGCGCCUGGUAUGCCGCGCUGAGGAGAAGGCCGUCGCCAAGGUCGACCGGUCGAAGGACCAGCUGUACAUUGGCGCCUCGCAGUCGUCUCUGGCUUACCUGGAUGGCACGCUGCCGGGUGACUUUGGCUUCGACCCGCUCGGCCUGCUGGACCCCGUCAACUCCGGCGGCUUCAUCACCCCGCAGUGGCUGCAGUACAGCGAGGUCAUCCACGCGCGCUGGGCCAUGCUGGGCGCCGCCGGCUGCAUCGCUCCCGAGGUGCUGGGCAAGGCCGGCCUCAUCCCCGAGGCCACCAACAUUGCCUGGUUCCAGAGCGGCGUGAUCCCGCCGGCCGGCUCGUACGACGGCUACUGGGCUGAUCCGUACACCAUCUUCUUCAUCGAGAUCCUGGCCAUGCAGUUCGCUGAGCUGCGGCGCCUGCAGGACUUCCGCAACCCCGGCUCCAUGGGGCAGCAGUACUUCCUGGGACUGGAGGCGAUCUUCAAGGGCAGCGGCAACCCGGCGUACCCAGGCGGCCCCUUCUUCAACCUGUUCAACCUGGGCAAGACCGAGGCGGCCAUGAAGGAGCUCAAGCUCAAGGAGAUCAAGAACGGCCGCCUGGCCAUGCUCGCCAUGCUGGGCUACGGCGCCCAGGCCACCCUGACCCGCGAGGGCCCCUUCCAGAACCUGCUGGACCACCUGGCUGACCCCGUCAACAACAACAUCCUCACCAACUUCGGCAAGGUGUUUGGCAGCCAGUAAACGCGCAUGGGUAACGGAGCUUGUCCAGAGGCGGCAGUGGCAGCAACUAAGCAGACAGGCGGUUACAGCUUCCGUGGCCACUAUCCGCAUGGAGAGCUUGUCCGUCCGUCGUCUGCCUGGCGUUUUUGUGCGGCAGGAUUCAUCCGGCAGUACAGAUGGCUGCCGUACAGACUGCUGCUUCUCUUGGCGCUACUGCUGCUGAGUUGAUGCAUGGCAAUGAGGGAAUACCAGAGUAACAAACAUGAAGCAAUUUUCCCUGUGGGUGGUUAGGGAAGUUUUGGAGGGUCGACUGCGACAGCCUCCAGGGGUCCGCUGGCUUGGUUUGGCGUGUGUGGUUGCAAUGCAUGUCCUCCCACGCUCCUUGUCAUGCAUGGGAGGAGCUGUUGCAAGACGGUUUGUGGUGCUGUAGGUGCAAAGGGUGGGCAGAGGGCUAUAGGACCUGCGACCCGUACCGCACUACCACCGUGUUUAGGAGGGUAUCGUGCCGCUCGAACACCCUCACCCCGGGUGUGUCGAAUGGACGGACCUGUAAAACUGAGAAGAGAAUCAGCAUCUAUGUCGUACGGCAUAAGUUUUCAUCUGUAGUGUAUGUAUGGGUACACUCUCUGUAACGUGCAACGCAAC